CAUCGGCUGGUGUUGGUCCACUGUUUUAUCAAGUCAAAUCAGGACAUAAUGGAAACGUUGCUGCAACAGUUGACCCGCGGUGAUGCUCUGCUCCUCAUCAUUAUUUUGGGAGUUAGUGGAAGCUUUCAACAAGGCUACCAAACCACUGAACUGAGUUCUCCAUCACCGUACAUACAGCGCUUCAUCAACAGCACCUUGUAUGAAAGACAUGGAGAGAUUCCGUCUCCAAAGACAGUCACCAUGAUCUGGUCCCUUAUUGUUUCUCUGUAUGCGCUUGGAGGACUUUGUGGUGCUAUCAGUGUCAAAUAUAUUACAGGCACACUGGGAAGAAAAAGGGCAAUGAUCUGCAGCAGCUGUGUUGGACUUGUUGCAGCAGCAUUCGUGCUGUCAAGUAAAUAUGCCAAAUCAUUUGAAAUGAUUAUCGUGGCACGGAUUGUGUACGGCUUCACUGCAGGUUUGUCAACCAGCACCCAUUCAAUGUACCUGGGAGAGAUUUCACCCAGGAAGUUAAGAGGCAUAGUGACUCUGUCCUACUCCACCUUCCAGUCACUUGGAAAACUGUCAGGGCAGUUAUUUGGACUCAGUGAGAUCCUUGGUCGUGAGGAGCUGUGGAACUUCCUCCUCUGUGUCCCCACAUUUUUCUCAGUGAUUCAGAUUGUAGUCCUGCCUUUUCUUCCUGAAUCUCCAAGAUACUUAUUCAUAGAGAAAGGUGAAGAUGAGGCUUGCAAAAAAGCUCUGCAGCGUCUGUGGGGUAAAGGUGACUAUAAAAUGGAAAUGGAAGAGAUGUUGGCGGAGCAGGCCGCCAUCAAUGCAGCAAAACCAAAAACCCCUCUGCAGCUCCUGAAGGAUCGCUCUGUCCGAUGGCAACUUAUCACCAUGGUCACCAUCUACGUCUGCAACCUGAUGUCAGGCAUGACUGCCGUUAGUGUCUUCUCUUUCGACAUCUUCCUGCAGGCAGGUAUACCAAAAGACAUGAUCCGCUACGUCACCUUGGGUCUUGGACUGACUGAAAUCUUAACCUUCGUAUCCUGUGGCAUGCUGAUUGAGCGCACAGGGAGGAGAGUGAUGUUCUGGAUGGGUUAUGGUCUAAUGGCCGUCUGCUGGGUGUUUGCCACGGUCACACUCACUCUGAAGGAUUCCAACUAUUGGGUUCCAUACAUUACUCCUUGUUUGAUCUUCCUCUUCAUCAUCUUCUUUUGUGGAGGACCAUCGGGAUCUACACCUACUCUCAUAAACGAGAUCUUCAUCCAGUCUGAUCGACUAGCAGCAUUUGUCUUGACGGGGAUCCAGCGCUGGUUGCUAGUUGCUCUUAUUGGUCUUGUAUUUCCAUUUAUUGUUUCUGGCCUGGACUCAUACUGCUUUGUGAUGUUUGGCUGUUUUGCCCUGAUGGGUUCUGCUUUUACCUUCUUCUUCCUGCCUGAGACUAAAGGGAAGACCCUCCUGGAGAUAUCCAAAGAGUUCAGAUCUAUCAAUGUCUGUGGGAAAUCCAUCUCAGAGGACAUCGUAAUGGACACCAAGUUAUAAAAGAGUCCAGAUACAGUAGCUGUUUAAAACCAACAGAGGUUUAAUGGACGACUUUUUGAGACCACAUGGACAGAGUUUAUGCUUUUUUUUUUUUUUUUUUUAACUGAUUACAAAACACUGUAAGUUACAGGGGGGGGGGGGGCUACAGUUAAAGAAGACGACCCUGAUAAGAAAAAAUAACUACAGCGUUAUAUUCCUUCCCAUUGUCCAUAUAUAGGUAUCACUUUUGAUGCCAAUGAAGGUUAUUCUCUUUUUUUUGGGUUGCUAAGUGCUUUACUGCACUCACAUUUUUAUGAGGAGUACUGGUGGUUUAGCAGGAUGGACUCACAUGUACUAAAAUGAGAUCAGACCGAAAACCAAAAAAAAACAGAGCAGUGCGGUUUACAACACACAGUGGAGGAGAGUUCAGUCUCCAGACUUCACCGUAUGCUCAGAAUGUAAUUACUCACGAAAAAUCUUUACGAAAAAUAGUUGUUAAAUGUUCUUUUAAUGUUGAACAUGUUAAACAUAGCAAACAGGUGAACCAGUGCUAAACCACUGUAACAAUGCAGACAUUUGAGGAAGACCUGCAGCUGCAUAUAGUUUGUCAGUGAGAGGGUCAUAGUUUCGUUCCUGUAGCUCUUCAAGAAUAAAUCAUCCAUUGCUCCCUU